CAGCACUUCACAGAGUUUCUGGAUGAGUUUUCACCUGAUGUCCUAGGCCAGCUCUUGAAUGAUCCCUUCUUGUCUGAGAAGAAUGAAAUAAUGGAGGUGGAACUGUCUCCAGCAUCCCCAGCACCCCUCAUCCAGGCAGAACACAGCUACUCCCUCUGUGGGGACUCUCGACCCCAGUCUCCCUUGACCCACAUCUCGACCGAUGACAACUUUAAUGAAGGUAGUGACCUGGAAAAUGAGGAAUGGUGUCUGGGUACAGACCUGACUCCAGCAGCAAUAAAGACUGAGCCAGAGUUGUGUGAGACGUCAGGCCUUGCUCCCUCAGUCAGUCUGACCGUCACAGCCACGUCACUGAAGGAGGAACAGCCUGAGCUACAGACCGAUGCCCUGAUGAAACCAUUGAGCCAGAAAGUUCUUCCAGAGAUUAAAUUGGAGCCCCAUGAAGUUGAUCAGUUCCUGAACCUCUCUUCUAAGGAAGUAGUGGAUCCCCUGCAUUUGCCUCCAACCCCUCCCAGCAGCCAUGGCAGUGACUCUGAAGGAGGGCAGAGCCCGGCUAGAUCACUCCCUCCUUCAAGCCCAAUGCAACUACAAGCCACGGCUAAGGUGACAUCGCGCACAGCUUCAGCGCUCUCCAAUUCCCCUCUCCUGACUGCGCCACAUAAAUUACAGGGGACAGGCCCACUCAUCCUGACAGAGGAGGAGAAGAGAACACUGAUAGCAGAGGGGUACCCAAUCCCUACCAAACUGCCCCUGACAAAAGCAGAAGAGAAAGUGCUGAAGAAAAUCCGCAGGAAAAUAAAGAACAAGAUCUCUGCCCAGGAAAGUAGAAGAAAAAAGAAAGAAUACAUGGACAGUCUGGAAAAAAAAGUUGAGACUUGCUCAAAUGAAAAUAGUGAGCUGCGUAAGAAGGUUGAAGUCCUGGAGAAUACUAACAGAACACUUCUGCAGCAGUUGCAGAGACUCCAAGCCAUGGUUGCUGGGAAAGUGUCCCGUUCAUGUAAGGCAGCUAGCACACAGACAGGGACCUGUCUUAUGAUGGUGGUGCUGUGCUUUGCAGUAGUUUUUGGCAGCUUCUCUCAGAGCUAUGGGCCGUAUCCUUCUGCUACAAAGAUGGUGUUGCCCAGGCAGCAUUCCUCGCCAGAGUCCUACACAGACUCCAUUGUGAGGUCAAGGAGUCUGCUAAUUUAUGAAGAGUCUCACCAGCUGGAGGAGUCAUCAAGCCCAAUCUCCUUUGCAGAUCACAAUGACAGGCAAGCAGACACCUCAAAGUACACGGCGCUGUCCCUGGAAGCCAUGCCAGGGACACAGCAGGAUGAUAUCAUGCAAUUUACAAUAGCCAAUGAGACAAGGCUAGAGAAAUCGGUGCUGCUGGGCCUGCAGCAGCACAGAGUCAACUCCGAACUAGAAGGAAAUGAAACACUGAAGAUAAUUGAAAUAGAUAGAAGAGUCAAUGCCACCUCUUAAAAAUAAAAAAAAAGGCCUUUUUUCUUGACUUCCCUCUUUCCCACAUAUUUUCAACCAAAGCCCCCUGACUUGUCAUCCUCAGUGAACCAAAGCACAAAAGAGAGGGAGUUCAACUUCUGCAUUGACUGGUGAGGCUGUGACUGCAGAUGUGAUCUUUUGUCUUUGUAACUCCCUUCCUUACUUCACACACAGUCCCUGUCUUUGCUUUUAUUCCUUUCCUGUCUAAUAUUGCAAGGGCAGGAUUGAAUUAUGAUGGCAGAUGAUGCCAGCAGUGUGCUGGUGACUGGUAGGGGUGUGUGUGUGUGCAUGCACACGUCCUAAUCUGAGCACAAAGACAUUCUGUAGAAGGGUGAAAUACCCAAAACCAAUGGGAGCAUGUAGGUGAUAGGUUUCUUGGGAGAAGAUAGUUGAAAGAGGAGAUGCAGCCUGAUGCUGCUCAGAAUCUAGCCACAGCUCCGUGCCUACUGGUCUAUGGCACUUAAGCCUUUUGGGGGGAUUGAGAAGCAUGUGUGUAGCCUGCUUCUGAAGGGGCAAGAAAGGGUUCUGUUACUGCUGAGUUAACAGCACAAGCAGGAGAGGGGUGGGCAACGUUGCUGCUGAUUUGUCCUCCCCUAGCUCUUUCUCUUCUCCCCUCCAGCCUCUAUCAUUUAGUGGGGUAGGUUUCUCUCAGGGUUGAAAGCAGUCCUGGUAGGCUUCCCUACUGCUUCCACCCUUGUGGAAUUCAAGCAAAGAUCAGUUCCUGUCUUGUCACACUUUGUGUGGGAGACUUACACUAGUUUAACUAAAUCUGUUAGAAAGCAGGUUUUGUUAAAUUUAUGCAAUGUUUUGGAUGGAUGUCCUUUAUUCUGCUUAAGGCAAAUCUGUUUAGCUUAAAUCAGUUCCUUCCCAACAAACUAAAUCAAUGGAAGGCUUAAACCAGAAGUGCCUCCUGAGAGGACCAUAUGGAUUUAAUUUAUUGGCUUCUAGAUGCAUUGAUGGAAUUUCUUAUGUAGACCUGGUCUCAGAUUGUCCUGUGUUUUUUUUUUUUUUCCUUGCCAUCUUCCUGUUACUGUUGUAAAUAGUAUUUAUUAGCUUUGCAAAUUUUUCUUCAGGCAGUCGCAAUGAAGAGAACUGAGCUUCCCUAACCCUAGAGAUGAUCUGGGCAAACUCUGAAAUCAGACACACAAAUGUCUGAAUACCCAUUCCCUCCCCCCAAAUUGAAUAGCCCUAAAAUAAAGCCAUGUGUCUUAUCCUCCUUUUACCUCCUUUUCCAGAGAUGUGGUCUUAGACCAACUGCUUAGCUGGAAAGACAGGGGUGCAGGUAGCCCCAGCUUGGCACAGUUCAGGCUUGGAGAUGGUAGAUACUGUAUUAACUGUAUGGCAAGACAGCCUCUAACCUGAGGAGUUGAGUAUGUAGGCAGGAGAUAGGGCACAGGAGGGAUGAGAUGGGCACAUAGGGAGGUGAAGUGACUAGCCCAAGUUCAGUGGAAAAGCCAAGAUCAGUAUUCAGGUCUGAUCCUGGUCCAGAACUCUUCUCCCUGCUUUGUUUCCUCCUUGUCCCAUGUAGCUGUUGCCUUUAAGAGUUCUUCCUCUCUCAGUACCCUGGUCCUGUCUUUGCCUGAGCUGUGCUUCAUGCAAUUUGUCCUUGCAGUGGCACAGUCAUACCUACCCCAGGAUUUGAGCAGGGUUUUACCUGAUUACUGCAGAAGGGCACUCAGACUCCACUGAGGAUGGAUUUAAUGUGAAAAUCUUAAUUCAGCAGGCUAGCAUAGCUACUUUACAUUUUACCAGAAGAAGUCAAUUUAGAAAAGGAAUAAAGAAUUUUGAAGCUCUUUUUUCUUUAAUUUUUUUCCUAAUGAUAAAUAAGGGAAAAAUUAACCUAGCCUUACAAGUGAUGUACUUACCAUGUACAGUAGGUAUUUCCUGCAAGUAUUCUAUUUUGUAAAAUAUUGGAUUUGUAUUUUAUUACAGCUCUUGCCAUACCAGCUCCUUUCUUGUUCUUUAUUCUCCUUAGACUUUCUUCCCUCUUCCCUAUUUGCUGCCCUCAGGCCUGACUCAAAACUCAGUGAAAUGAAUGGAAAGACUUCAGUGAAUUACAGGGGUCUGUGGAUCAGUCCCCACUGUGCUAUUUUAAGAAGGAGUUUCACAUUUGUGACAGUGAAACAUGUGCCUGACUCCAUGAGCUAGUAAUGAGUUUUGGUGUACAGAUGUACUUUCUAGGUAAUGCCCUAUUCUUCUAUGCAAGUGCCUUUUUAUUAUUUUACCUUUGGUGGCAAUGAGAGGAGAAAUGCUGUUGUAAUCUAUUUUGCAAGUGUUCCCUCCUUGGCAUGGGUAAGUCUCCUCCCUAAAGUCUCUUUCCCUUCACGGUGAUCAUGUUGGGUCCUCUGAACCAUUCCAGUAUCCACAAAGAACUUUUGUAUGUUGAGGUUUGUUUUUUUUUAAAAUAAUUUAAGGCUUCACAUAAAUAGUGAACACUGGUGGGUGCCACAGGAGAUGGCGGCAUUGCUUAGCCACAUGAGGCCAGCAAAGUGACAAGAGAAAGUUGAGACUGACUCUUUCAUUACCGUAUGGCUGGUCAGUGUAAGUGGGCAAGGUCAUAGCUUAGAAAAUUCCUUAAAUGGUCUUUGUUUUCAGAACACUCAUGGUUUUCCACCUCUGAGGGCAACUGAAUGGUUAAGUCUUCUGCAAAAGAGGCCCCAAGCUGUGGAGCACAACACUGCUCUUACUAGUCUGCAGUUUGCACUGUGCAUAGGUGGGAGGCUGCUCUGCCUGAGCUCAUGCCCAUUACCAGUGAAAUGGAUCACCUCUCAUUGCAGAUACAGCUGACUUCACAGUAUUAAACCCAGAAUUGAAUUACUUCUCAAUACUUAAAGGACAGACGAUCUUGCAAAACCCGAACAACCCUCCCUCUCCAGAACCUACUGCACUAGUCACCAUUAAAGCUUUGCCAGUUUGUUUGCUUAAUUUGUGCAUGAUGGUUCAGAUCUGAUUGGGAGAUGGUCAUGUUUUCAUCUGGAGUAUUUGAAACUGGCCACGGUCUAGGUCAUGCCUCAACUAAUUCAUCCAAGCCAGUAUGGCCAUACCAGUUUUCUUUGUUUGAUAAUCUAUGUCUAUAAUCUUGAUGUGUGUAAUCCUUAAAGUUAUUUUUAGGUACUCUUUUGGGGAAUCUGUUGACCUAGCACACACAUUGCUUGGGGAUUUAUUAUAUUAAACAUUAUUUCUUUAUAAUAAGGAAAAAACUUUGCUUUAUUUUGGUAUGUUUGUGAUCAUUUUUCUUCAGGGGCCUUAAUAGAACUAAGUUUCUCUGCUAGAUAUUAGGGGCCAAAGAAUCUCCUGUCAUCACCUACCCACAGGCUGUUUUGCGUCAAGGAGCUCACUGUGUCCAGCGGCAGUUUAUGCCUGUGUACCACACGUAGCAGGGGUCAGAGCAGAGAGCACACAUGCAGUUGCACCGCCAGCCUCCGCAGUCCAGGGGUGACCCCCGUGUGAAUGUUGAUGCACUGCAGACCACAUGGAGAGGCAAUUGUAUGUGCCCUGUGUUAAGGGCAUAGGGAAGGAGUAGUAAGGCAUAUUCAGGGAGAGGGAGGAUGCCAGUAUAAGUGCUUUUAAUUAGCUCAGCUAUAUUACUUGAGGUCUUAGCCUUCUGCCAGUAUCCUUUUUCCCAUGAGCAGUCACUUGGUGCAGUAGAAAAAUGUGCGUGUGUGGACAGGGUAGGCAAAGGCCUUAUGUGCUACUUAAUUUCCAUUUCCACUAAAGGACUUAAGUGAUCCUUAGAGUCUUCAGCUGUAACAUUAUGCUGCUUGUCAGCACAAUUUUAUACACACUAGUAAACUUACCUUUUGGCCUAUAGCUUUAAAGCAUGUCUAGAUCUGUUGGGUCUUUGCUUCUAGGGAGAUAAGCUAGGAAGGAAUGUAGGGCAUUAUUUUUUAUAUAUAUAUAUUUAAAAAGUAUCAAGCACAGGGCAUGUGACAGUUCUAACCUUGCUACCAGUGUGUAGAUAAUGUUGUUUUUUUUUCCCCAGGCUAUUUAUAGUUCUUUGCUGCAUUUCUCUUAUUUCAUCUGUACUAUUCAGUGUUUUUCAGCAGCACAGACUAAUAAUGGAUUAGGCUGAGGUUCUUAGGCCAGAUCCCAGCUGAUACAAUGCAGCACGCUUCUCACUUAACGCUUUUGGAGGCUGCGGGUCUGAUUUAUACUGGCAGGGGACACUUGCACAUCUCUCUGUGUAACAAUGUAUCUCAAUAUAUUCUUGAUUUUUCUAAUGCAGGGCUGAAAAUUAAUCUAAAACCUUCUUUUAUUUUUUUUGUUCCUGCUUAAGAAACCAACCCACCUCUCCACUCCCAUCCUCCCAAACUAUCAGUGGUGAAUUCUGUCUAGACGCGUUUAGAAUGUAGGUCAAGUAAAUGAAUGAUACUAAUUGCUACGUUGGGAGGGAUUUCCACUGAGUAUUUGGGCUCCAGAUUCUAGUUAAUGCCAAGAGGCCAUUGUACAAAACCCACGCAGCUAAGAACAGAAGUAUACGGAGUAUUUUUAUACUCUUAGUGACUAAAAUAUUUCUUUUUCCAAGUCACUAAUUAAAAAGGGAACAUUUUGUAUUCUGAAGGUGAAAUGGUAGGUCAGUACUUUGUAACUACAAAAGUUAUACUAGCCUACAUAAGUAGUGUAGUGCUAUGAAGGGUUGCUGGUUUGCACUAUAGUGUUAAGGAUAAACAACUUCGGGGGUUGCAAAGAUGAAUGAACUGGCUUACAUGUUAAGGUUUUUACAAAUAAGAUGUAAGGAUUCAAUCAAUGGACCAGGAUAUUGUAGCUUUUUCAUGGCCAAUAAAAUGGCAGUGGGCAUCCAGGGAUAUGUUGAGGGUGUGAUCCUGUCAGUACUGCAUUGCUUAGGUGAUCAGCAUCUGUUGGAGACUCCAAGACUGAGAGGGAAAUUGC